ACUGCGAUCGCGACGACCGGCUUCGUCUGCUACCUCGCUCUCGUACGCGCCCUGCGCUGGCGUCGUCUGCACGCUCUGCAGAAGCGGUAUGGCGACAAGCUGCACACCAUGUCGCUGGCGGACGCUCAAAAGAUCAUGUUGGUCGCGCAGCUCUACGACAUGCCGGGACUGUUCACGUACGCCCUCACGUUCGCCCUGUUCAAGACAUAUGCCGUGCCCUCUAUAUCCAAGCUCCUAUUGCAGACCCGGGAAAUGGUCGGCGACAAUACCAUCGCAAAGCGGUAUGCCGACACGGAGAUUCUGAUCGUGACCUUCCUUACAUGUCCCAUACACGGCAAUUGGGAUCUUGAUGAACCCGCUCCGCCGAGCAAGCAAGAUCUGGACCCUCGUGCGAACAUUGCCAUCGCCAGGAUGAACUGGCUUCACGACCGAUACAACAUCAGCAAUGACGAUUUCCUCUACACCCUGUCUUUAUUCGUCCUGGAACCUAUACGAUGGCUGGGUCGAUACGGAUGGCGGCCUUUAUCUCCGCUAGAGCAGCAGGCCGGCUUUGUUUUCUGGUCGGAAAUCGGUCGCCGAAUGGAAAUCCAUUCCAUCCCGGCCACGCUCGAUGAGCUGCGGGCUUGGAGCGAAGACUACGAAGCGCGCGCCAUGGUUCCGGCGGAUAGCAACCUGGUGGUGGCGGAGGUGACCAUGGGCGAGCUCCAGAGGCAGAUGCACGUACCGAAGCCGCUCCGACCGUUCGCGCAUCGUCUGGUCAUCACCGUGCUCAACGAGCAUACGAGGAUUGCGAUGAUGCAACCUGCGCAGCCGUGGUACUUGCAUCUGAUCACGAAGGCCGUGCUUAACGGCGCGAUGCUCUUCCAGCGCUACGUUUGCCUUCCCCGCAUCUACCCUCUCCCGCUCGUCCCUCUCGAGGUUCCCGACGUGAAACAUGGCGAGGUCGCGCGCAUGCAUCCCACUAGGUGGGCGAGCAAACCGUGGUAUAAGCCGCAACGGUCCGGUCUGGCCGGUUUCAUGGACUGGCUGCUCGUCCGUCUCCAUCUCGUCGACGCGGAACAUUUCACACCUGCGGAGAAGUACAAGAAGGAGGGGUAUCAGCUCCAUGAGAUCGGUCCACUCUCACUGGAGAAAGUCGGCCAUGACGAGGUGAUGCGGAGAGCCGGCGAUAUGUUGGGUUGUCCGAUACCUGCUAUAUGGGCUGCGGGUUCCUCGGGCAAGCGUUCUCAGACAGUGACUGCGUAUUAGAUUUCUCUGCUCUACUUAAUGUACACGAUUCUACCCACCCGGAACACGUCAAG